AUGGCUAAUAUUCGAAACCUCGCCAGCGAACAAUGGGCAACAUCAGAUAGCUCCACGUCCUCCAUCUUAAUUCCCUACCUCGCUGGAGUCAAUCAUAUCCUGCCUGCUAGUUACCUCCCAUUGACAAGACCAACUAGUCAUGGUGACGGAAGUCGAAGAGACAGGAGUACUAAAAGAGACACCGACAGAAGUGAAAUAGAAGAAAGGGAUAUGAGAAAGAUAUUGAAAUGUAAGAGCUAUUGGAUGGAUGUGAAAACGACUGCUAGGGCCCCCGACGCCCGAAAUGGAUUUACACCCUUUGAGAGGGAAUCGUCUCAAAUACGUCACUCUUUUAUCCGAAACCCCAACACACUUCCCAUGGGACAUUCGUAUUCAUCGAAUCCUGUCCUCCCAUCGCCUUCCCUCCUCCUUCUCCUCCUCCUUCGCCCCUCCUUCCUCUCCUUCCUUGAUAGGGCUAACCGCGCUGGAUUUUGGUCAUAUCAACUGCUUCCAUAUUUCAAGAAUAGAAUCGCUCGUCUUGAAACUGUGUUAAGAAAGGCAGAACCUGAAGGAGGAAUACUGAAGAAGACGAGGUAUAUAAAUAAAGAUAUCGAAAGAAGAAGCAAUCGGAAGGCCUGCAUGGCAAUCUGGCUCAGAUGA